AUGGUCAAGCCAGGGGGCACCUGCCCUGUUGAAGGUCCCUGCACAACUGCCUGUUGCAUUGUAGAUAUUUGCAGAAUGCCUUAUUUUAUGAGACUUGUUUUCUUCUUGUUUUGCCUGAUGGCUCUUGUGGAGAGCAGAAAGCCCAGGAGGAAGAGAUGGACAGGGCAGCUGGAAAUGCCCAAGCAAAGUCACUUGUAUAAAAAGAACCCUGACGUGACCAAAAUCCGGCCAGGAAAACCUCAGCCUCUGCUCAGAGUCGAUGAGCAUGACUUCACCAUGAGGCCGGCCUUUGGAGGCCCGGCCAUCCCUGUGGGUGUGGACGUGCAGGUGGAGAGUCUGGACAGCAUCUCCGAGGUGGACAUGGACUUCACAAUGACACUGUACCUGAGGCAUUACUGGAAGGACGAGAGGCUGGCCUUCUCCAGCACCAGCAACAAGAGCAUGACCUUUGAUGGCAGGCUUGUGAAGAAGAUCUGGGUUCCCGACGUCUUCUUUGUUCACUCCAAAAGGUCCUUCAUUCAUGAUACCACCACUGACAACAUCAUGCUGAGAGUGUUCCCCGACGGCCACGUGCUCUACAGCAUGAGAAUUACGGUCACCGCCAUGUGCAACAUGGACUUCAGUCACUUCCCCCUGGACUCCCAGACCUGCUCUUUGGAGCUAGAGAGCUAUGCGUACACAGAUGAAGAUCUGAUGCUGUACUGGAAGAAUGGGGACGAGUCCCUGAAAACGGAUGACAAGAUCUCCUUGUCCCAGUUUCUGAUUCAGAAAUUUCACACAACUUCCAGACUGGCCUUCUACAGCAGUACUGGCUGGUAUAACCGACUCUAUAUCAACUUUACUUUACACCGCCACAUCUUCUUCUUCUUGCUCCAAACCUAUUUCCCCGCCACCUUGAUGGUCAUGCUAUCCUGGGUGUCCUUCUGGAUCGACCACAGAGCUGUGCCUGCCAGAGUCUCACUGGGCAUCAUGACAGUGCUGACCAUGUCCACCAUCAUCACGGGCGUGAAUGCCUCCAUGCCCCGAGUGUCCUACAUCCGGGCCGUGGACAUCUACCUCUGGGUCAGCUUCGUGUUUGUGUUCCUCUCAGUGCUGGAGUACGCGGCUGUCAAUUACCUGACCACAGUGCAGGAACAGAAGGAACAGAAGUUUCGAGAGAAGAUUCCAUGCGCGUGUGGAAUGCCUCACUCAAGAACCAUGACGCUGGAUGGAAGUUACAGUGAGUCUGAGGCCAACAGCCUGGCUGGCUACCCAAGAAGCCACAUUCUGCCAGAAGAAGAAAGACAAGACAAAAUCGUGGUCCAUUUGGCCCUUAACAGUGAACUGGCAACCUCCAGAAAGAAAGGCCUUCUCAAAGGUCAAGUGGGGCUCUACAUCUUCCAGAACACCCACGCCAUUGACAAAUACUCCAGGUUGAUAUUUCCAGCCUUCUAUAUAUUUUUCAACCUAAUUUAUUGGUCAGUGUUUGCCUAGGGAUUCCAAGGCUGUGUCUAGGACAGGGCGUGGCCAACUCUCGGUGGACACAUGGACCUAAUGACCACACUUCCUGCACCAGGCCAAGCAGCUGCUCCUGGCUUGGAGGAGCCCAGGGACCUCCAGCUGCCCUCACCCCCGUAUCGGUGGAUCUUUUCCUCGUUCAUGCUGUGUUCCACAUCACACACUCCCCCCUCUCAACAGCGCUGUCCUUUGUUCUAUGUGAACUUGUUCCCAAGAACUUCCCCCACGCCUACUUAAUAAAAGACUCAAAGGCCUCCCGAAUGUUCUGAGAUGCUCAGUAAGUGAAGAAAGAAAAUGAAGGACAAACUAUAGGGGGCAUUCUGGGUAAGAAACUGGGUGCAAAAGUCUGUGAACUCAUUCAGUUGGAUUAAGUGCCUACA